CCGUCGACAAGAACGCGCGUCUCACUUCCCGCGUACCGAAAUACAGUGUAAUUUUGCUAAUUCUGUGUGAAAUAUCUAGUAAAUAGUAAUUUUUUUGUGUAUUCUAUAAACAUUUGUGGAUUUCAUUAAUUGUUAGUGACGCUGUGCAAUGCGCGAAAGUUCCAAGUGAAGUGAAGUGAAGUGACAAAUACAGUGAUGGCAGUGAACAGCCCCGGUGGCUACCCGCCCGUGUCUCCCAAACCGCACACCCCAAAAAGUCCUAGACACUUCAUAUUUCCCCAGAAAAGUCCCUCAAUUACCUCCAGCACUUCUUCAUCAGGGUACUACACUCCUCAAUCCGGCUGCAGCUAUGACAAACACAACCAACCUCCUAAAUCUCCAAUCGCUCACGGCCACAGAAGUCCUAUAAGUCCAAGGCACUUCAAUUUCCCUCAAAACCCAUCAGGGCGGUCGAGUCCCAGCAAUAUCGACCGCGGUCAUGGCCUACACUACUCCACGUCUCUCAAACACAAUCGUCGAGAAAAGUCCAGGUCACCGAAACCACCUCCAGUCCAUAUCCACACGAAUCCCGGCUAUGUCUCCCCCAACCGCACCAGAAAACUUUACGGGUCCACUUCCACAGUUGGUUCGCCAAGGCUGGUGACGUCUCCAAGUAUAGUCUCAAGUCAUACUGAUGACUCUAUGGAUGCAAUGCCUGGGACACCAUCAGCGGUUGUUCACGACGCGGACGACGAAGCAACGACGAUAUCUUCGAGGAUAUGUCGCAAGUCAACGUCGGAUUUGACAGACUUAACUGAUGACACGCCCCAUACAAGAUCUACAAGCAUUAGUAGACCAUGUUCGCCGAUGAGGAGGGGGUCUAUGAAGGGGGGCUUAGCCUACUUGGCAAGCAGGAGAGGUUCGAGAGAAUCCACGAUGUCUAACUGUGAUUCUGUAGAGGAUAUUGGCCCACUUAAUUUCCAAAAUACAAUGCGGGGCAGACAAAGGAGGACGUCGAAUUUUCUGGAGUUGCCAGUGGUGGAACACUCUCGCCCUCGAGUUUGCUCGCUGCCUGAGAAGCCCUACAACCCUCGAUUGUCAGACGACCUGUACCGGCUGCGGACCUUCUCCAUCACCACCAAGGGCGGAGUGGUUAACUGCGGCGACUCCAUCUGCAACAGACGCAGCCGCUCCAACACCUCUGUCAAUUCCACUAACAGCAGGGCUUCCGACCGGUCCCCGUUCGAUGGGUCUUGUUGCUCGGGCUACCGGCCCGUGGACUCCGCAAGCCUGACCACGCCUGAUGAAGACGACAUGGACCCGGGAAGCUUUAAGAUACCAAAAUACAGGGUGGUGUUGCUAGGCGACGCCGGCGUCGGUAAAACAGCAUUAGUGUCACAGUUUAUGACGUCAGAGUACAUGAACACUUACGACGCAAGUCUGGAUGAUGAGUUUGGAGAGAAGUCUGUAUCAGUGCUUCUGGACGGAGAAGAAUCUGAACUCAUAUUCAUUGACCACCCCAGCACCGAAAUGUCGGUGGAGAACUGUUUGUCCACGUACGAGCCUCACGCAUGCGUGGUGGUGUACUCUGUGGUCGCAAAGAGUUCAUUCAACCGAGCUGGCGAGCUGCUGUCCUACCUGUCCAGGGAGCAAUUCACUACUGAACGAACUGUGGUCCUAGUGGGCAAUAAGGCUGACUUGGCAAGGGCUAGACAGGUCUCCACUAAUGAGGGCAAAGCGCUGGCGACUAGCAGAGACUGCAAAUUCAUAGAGACCUCCUCCGGUAUCCAGCACAAUGUGGACGAGCUGCUGGUGGGCAUCCUGAAGCAGAUCCGACUCAAGGAGAGCCGGGAGAAGAAGCAGGCCAAGAAAGUUGGGAAACAGGUCUGCAAGGAAAAGCCAUCAAAACUUGCCAGCUCUCGCACCCACAUUUCGCUCAGCAUUGCGAGAGAGCUGCUUCAGAAGAUCUGUAUCAAUGACAUCUCCAAGUCAAAGUCCUGCGAGAAUCUACACGUGCUUUAAACUUAUGGUACCCUGGUACCUUCUUCUUAGACUGUAUCUACAUAUGUUUUUAUUAACUUAAGGUUUAAUUACAUAGACUUUAUUUAUGAAAACAAAAAUUACAUAAAAAUCCCAACCGAAGUUCAGUGAAACUAUAAGUUUUCAUUUGUCUUAUAUUUAACGUUACAUUCAACGUUUAAUCCAUCAUCAUCGAGUGUGUUAUUGCUAACACUAGUGUCAGAUUUUAUUCAAGUCGCCUAAAGGCAUCUGACAUGACUUUUACAACUACUUACCGCCAUCUAAUGGCAGGUAGUCGCAUGAACAGUAGGGAACUAAACUGUCCAACGAUGUGCAGGUUUCCUCACGAUGUUUUCCUUCACCGUUUAACCUUCAAAGUUAAUUAAUAAUUUCUUAUAUUGAAUGUAAUAACCUAUCAGAAACCUACCCAUAGAAUUUAUUUAACAAUGGCGUAUAUAUUACAGUUUCAGUGGGGGUUCCGUAGAAAAUUGGAUGCUUUUGUUUACGUUUCCAUUAGAAGCGGCCGUGGUGUGUCGCAAAUUAAAAUGAAUAAUGGUCUUGUGUCAAAAAUUACUAGCAAAUAAAACAGAAUAGCUGUUGCCCGUGCAUCCGCCUGCUGUAAAAAUAAUCUUCCCGUGUUUUUCAUACAACAUUUCACCCCACAUUAUAUCUAUUUAGGUGUUUAGAAAACUCGAUUUUUCAACUACAUUCAUGUAACAAAAUUUAUCAAAAUCAGUCCAGCGAUUUAAACGUGAACUACUAACUAAUACUGUGUCAUACAGUGAUUUUAUAAUUUCUCUUUAGACAUAGCAAAAAUUCUUCAAUUUUUAAACUUUAUUUCAGCGAAUAAGCUCCAAGUAUUUUAUUUCCGUUGAUUUUCAAUACUUAGUAGUUACUAACUAAGAUCAAUAAUUUCUAAUAUUUAUAUGAAUUCCGUUUAUCAAGAGUGUGAGUAUGUAUGUACAACUAAUUAAAAUAACCAUAUCAAUUAUCUACUAAAUAAAAAGCGAAAAGACAAAAUUAUGUCAUUUAAAGUUUUGGUUUUAAUUGUUGUCUUAUUUUAGAGAAAGCAUUGUAUACUAAACUAAUGUACAACACUAAAAUUACUGAGUUAGCAUUAUCUGCUGAAAUAAACUUACUCGUAUGUAUAAGUAUAUCAGCAAUUAUAUAAAUUCUAUAAUUAUAUAUUUAAAACUAUACAAGCCCCAAAUAGUAUUAACCAUAAAAAUUAAGUUUUAAUGUGUGUAUUUAAGCGCUUUUAAAGAAAAUAUUUUUUCUUAAAUAUUAUUUUUUUCAUAUUUUUUUACCUUUUUUAACUUUAGUGCUUGUGUCAUUAAAUUAUCUUGUUAUGAAAGCUAUUUAAAGUACUUAGGUACCUAGGUAGUAUACAUAAAUGUAUGUCAGUAUUAUCCUAAGAUUAAAAAAUAAUACGCUUGUUUAGUGUAAAUUUAGUAGUGAGGAUAUAUUCGUUUCAAUGGCUAUAUGUUUCGGUGAAAUUAAAAAUAAUGAGACACAGACAGAACGCUUUUAUACGCAAAACAAUAUUCAACUGUCCUUAUAUCAAAUUUCAGAGUAGGUAUGCUAAAAAGAGAUAGAAUGUCAUUUAUUGACCACCGUUGAUUGGGGUGUAUUUAUAAAACACGUAGCACGUAAUCCAUCCGUCUCUCUUUUUUUACAUGAUGUGUACACGAUAAGAAAAAAAUGAGCAUGUGGAGCAAGCGGUUAAGUUUAUCUGUCAGAUUACAAUAUGAUAUUUUAUCAGAAAGUGGUGAAACAGGCCCAAAAACAAUGCAUUAUCUACAAGCGAGCAAAGACUAAGCUUUAUGGCUUGAAGAUAAAAAAUGGUUAUCACUGAAAAGCCACAGUCAAAAUGUGUGCUUAUUUUAAACCUCAUGGCUAUACAGAUAAGGUGAAAAAUUCUUCACGAACACUGUGUGGCUCGUUAAUCGAUCAGAAUGACGCCGAAAAAUUGACAGUUUUUAAGAUGAGUCCUUGCUCAUAUGUAUGAGAUCACAGGUACAAUAUAUACUAACAAAUUAUUGGUUAUUCGGCCCAGUCGUUACAAACAUUUCAUCUAUUCACAUGUGCCAUUUCAACCGAAUGUAUCCCCGCGUAUUGUGUACUUAUACUUGUAAAUCUGCAUGUUACUAUUGAAUAACUAAUUAUAUUUUUCUACGGCUAAACUUUCUACGACUUUAUAGACGAUUGUUUUUAAUGUUUAGAUAAAAUAAAACUAAAAUAACUUAAAAGUAAAAAUAUUACAUACAUGUUUUUAAUAUAGGUAUUCUAUUUUAAAAAGCAUUGGUGUUUUUAAUCAUUUUUGAAUUUAGAAAUUCAAUAAGAUGUAUCUUGAACUAAAACUUUUUUGAGGUAACACUUCUGUUUUUAAAAAUGGAACAAAAUUUUUUUGACAAUUAUAACUCUGGAAUCAAUAGGUAUAUUUAUCAUUGAUUUACCUAUAUGUGGUUUUGUAGUUUGUAUAAGAAUACAUACUUCCAAUGAGAGAGAGUUAGGAAUAUAUAGAGUAUUAGAAUCUGUGCUCACCUUGAAAAAAUAUAUCCUUUUGUCAUUAGUUCAUGUUAUAAUAAAUAACACAAAAUGAGAAAAACUGAAAGUAUGAUCACGGGCGAAAUGUUACAAUAAUUUGAGAUUUUUUUUGUGGAUAAAAUAUAAAGUUCAUUUGGAAAGAUAUAGGUACCUAUACCUUAUGGUUUAAAGUCAUUAAACUGAAAAUAAAUAAGGUAUAGCAUUCUGAGUGUAUUCUGAUUCAUCAAUUUUUGAGACAAGUAGAUACGACUAAUAUAAUAUAAUACACCUUUUCAAAAUUUUAUGCCGAUCAUGCUCAAACAAACAAAACAAACAGCUCUCAAUUAAUUGACGAUGUAUUAUCACGUCAUCACUGCCUAAAGAAUGAUUUAAGUCUAUGGUCGCACAGAUUCUAAAUACGCUUCGGCUGAACGAGCUUUAAAUAAUUAAGAAGCAAGUGUGGGAAGUCUAAUCUAAAAUGUUGACAUUUGAGAAUAACAAUUUUCUUUUAAAAUUUAUUAAUAAUUUAAGAUAUUUUGGUACCAUUUCGACGUAAUUUUCCUAUCUAUAAAAUAUGAAAAAUAGUAGUGAAACCAGAAAAGUCGAGUAACAAAUUAAAAUCCCUAAAUGAAUCGGUCAAUGGCCCAUGAACUUUUAUCAAGUUUUAUCAAAGUGGGAACUAAGUACUCUAUUAAUAUAUACCCGUCUAGUUUAUAAAGGGAAAUAAAAUCACGGAGUGGAAAAUGUAUAGGGUGCAGUUUUAUAUCAGAAGCUAAAUUAAAUCGAUAAAGGCAGAGUAGACACCUAAUUACCGAUAACAGAUACCUACCAUGUAAGUAGGUAUCUAAUUUUCUUAUUGACAAUUUUGUAGAUGAAGUUGGCGGACAUUCGACAUAUGAGUAUAUUAAAUGUAUGGAAAUAGUAGGUACAGUCAACAGCACAUCAAGUUACCCUUCAUGAAACUCUAUGGCGCGCUAAUAGCGGCGAGUUUGCAAUGAAUUUGGGUAGGUUGGUGCGCUGUUGACUGUACGUUGUACGGAGUACCUACUAAUUCCAUGAUUAAAUAUUACCAGAAAAGCGAUGUGAGUUUUGUUGUUGACGUAACAAACUAUAUAGUAUUGAAUGAAAGUUUUAAAAAAAUGGGUGCUGAAUGUUCUGUAUGACGAGUGAUUUUGCCACUUAUUUUCAUAAAUGUUCAAUUUUUAUUUUUUGUCGUUGGUAAACUGACAUUUUUUGGACGUUAAAACUCAUGGACAGACUGCCAAUGAUGUUUUUUCCAAGAAUUGUUUUUCUUUUAUUUUUGCCAAACAUUAAUUGAUUUUGUUUUUAGAAUUUUCACAAAUAGAAAUUCUUCGAUAAAACGUGAUAUGUUUGUUUACUCAUUAUGUACCUAAUGGGUAUUUAUUUAAUAACUACUUUGAUAAAAAUAAAAGUCUAUAUUUCUUUAAAUUUACUAAGGCAUGAUUUUAGUGACAAAAUCAUCUCGCCCACAAUAAUCUUUUCAAGUCUGAUUCUUCCUUCUUAAUAGUAAAAAAUGUGUUGUAUCGUUGUGUAGUUUGUUGUAAAUUACGUUACAAUAAAUAAUCGUUAAUGGAUGUUUCGAAUAUUGAACAAUUCAUGUGAUUCGAUAUAAU